AUACAGCAGUUUGGUCAAUAUUAUCUUAACAUGCUUCAAAUAAAUCAGCUUCUCUCCAAGAUAAAAUGGCAAACCCAAAAGAGAAAACUCCAAUGUGUCUGGUAAAUGAGUUAGCCCAUUUCAAUAGAGUCCAACCCCAGUAUAAACUUCUGAAUGAAAGAGGGCCUGCUCAUUCAAAGAUGUUCUCAGUGCAGCUGAAUCUUGGAGAGCAAACAUGGGAAUCCGAAGGGAGCAGUAUAAAGAAGGCCCAACAAGCUGUUGCUGAAAAAGCUUUGACUGAAUCUAUGCUUCCCAAACCAGUUCAGAAACCACCCAAAAGUAAUGUUAAUAAUAACCUAGGCAGUAUAAUUCCAACUGUGGAACUGAAUGGGCUUGCUAUGAAAAGGGGAGAGCCUGCCAUCUACAGGCCAUUAGAUCCAAAGCCAUUUCCAAAUUAUAGAGCUAAUUACAAUUUUCGGGGCAUGUACAAUCAGAGGUAUCAUUGUCCAAUGCCUAAGAUCUUUUAUGUUCAGCUGAUUGUAGGAAAUAAUGAAUUUUGGGGGGAAGGAAAGACUCGACAAGCUGCUAGACACAAUGCUGCAAUGAAAGCCCUGCAAGCACUGCAAAAUGAACCUAUUCCAGAAAAAUCAUCUCAGAAUGGUGAAUCAGGAAAAGAAAUGGAUGAUGACAAAGAUGCAAAUAAAUCUGAGAUCAGCUUGGUGCUUGAAAUUGCUCUGAAGCGAAAUAUGCCUGUCAGUUUUGAGGUUACUCAAGAAAGUGGACCACCACAUAUGAAAAGCUUUGUUACUAGGGUGUCAGUGGGAGAAUUCUCUGCAGAAGGGGAGGGAAAUAGCAAAAACCUCUCCAAGAAGUGCGCCGCAACCACUGUCUUACAGGAGCUUAAAAAACUUUCAUCUCUUCCUGUGGUGGAAAAGCCAAAACUAUUUUUUUUUAAAUGCCCUAAAACAAUAGUAAAGGCUGGACCAGAAUUUGGUCAAGGAAUGAACCCCAUUAGCCGCCUGGCUCAAAUUCAACAGAGCAAAAAGGAAAAGGAACUGGAUUAUGUUUUGCUUUUAGAAAGAGGAAUGCCUCAACGUUGAGAAUUUGUGAUGCAGGUCAAGGCAGGCAGUGAAGUUGCUACAGGAACAGGACCUAACAAAAAAGUAGCCAAAAAAAAAAAUGCUGCAGAAGUAAUGCUGUUACAACUUGGUUAUAAAGCAUCCACUAGUCUUCGGGAUCAACUUGAGAAGACAGGGGAAAACUAAGGAUAGAGUGGUCCAAAGGCUGGGUUUCCUGAACGAACAAAUAAUACUCCAAAAGGAAUUCUGCAUUUGUCUCCUGAUGUUUAUCAAGAGAUGGAAGCCAGCCACCACAAAGUAAUCUCUGGCACUACUCUAGGCUAUUUGUCUCCCAAAGAUAUGAACCAACCUUCAAGCUCUUUCUUCAGUAUAUCUCCCACAUCGAAUAGUUCAGCUUCCAUUCAAAGGGAACUCACUAUGAAUGGAACAUCUCCUACAGCUGAAGCCAUAGGUUUAAAAGGAAGUUCUACUACUCCCCCUUGUUCUCCAGUACAACCUUCAAAACAACUGGAAUAUUUAGCAAGGAUUCAAGGCUUUCAGGUAUGA